UGCUUGGGGCUUUGAACGCAGCACUCUAUUGUCACUCGUGACGUCAUCGCCUUGUCCAGCCCCUGCACGGCUCCGGAGCUGAAUCUUAAACAUCAUGGCGUCCAUAUCGAUGGCCCCGGUCAACAUCUUCAAACACGGAGCUGAUGAAGAAAAAGCUGAAACGGCACGAAUGUCGUCCUUCGUUGGCGCCAUUGCUAUCGGCGACCUGGUGAAGAGCACUCUGGGGCCCAAAGGGAUGGAUAAGAUCCUGCUGAGUGCUGCGAAGGGUGGAACAGUGACUGUGACCAACGACGGCGCCACCAUUCUGAAGGCCAUCGGAGUCGACAAUCCUGCUGCCAAAGUUCUGGUUGACAUGUCUAAGGUCCAGGAUGAUGAGGUUGGAGAUGGAACGACCUCUGUCACUGUGCUCGCUGCCGAGCUCCUGCGGGAGGCGGAGCUUCUGAUUGCCAGGAAGAUUCACCCACAGACCAUCAUCUCCGGCUGGAGGAAAGCGACGCAGGCCGCCAGGGAGGCUCUGAGGGAGGCUGCUGUCGACAACAGCAACGAUGCGGCUCGUUUCCAGGAAGACCUGCUGAACAUUGCUCGCACCACGCUUUCUUCCAAACUGCUGACUCACCACAAAGAUUACUUCGCCCAGCUGGCCGUCAGCGCCGUCAUGCGGCUGAAAGGAUCCGGAAACCUGGAUGCCAUCCAUGUCAUCAAGAAGCUGGGUGGCAGCCUCACAGACUCUUACCUGGAUGAAGGUUUUCUGUUGGACAAGAAGAUUGGUGUGAACCAACCCAAGAGGCUGGAAAACGUCAAUAUGCUGAUUGCCAACACUCCGAUGGACACAGACAAAGUCAAGAUCUUUGGCUCCAGGGUCCGUGUCGACUCGACGGCGAAGGUAGCAGAGAUCGAACUGGCUGAAAAAGAGAAGAUGAAAGAGAAAGUUGAACGAAUCUUAAAACACGGAAUCAACUGUUUCAUCAACAGACAAUUGAUCUAUAACUAUCCAGAGCAGCUGUUUGCCCAGGCAGGUGUUAUGGCCAUCGAGCACGCUGACUUUGUCGGCGUUGAGCGCCUCGCUCUGGUUACCGGUGGGGAGAUCACAUCCACCUUCGACCACCCGGAGCUGGUGAAGCUCGGUCACUGUAAACUCAUCGAGGAGGUGAUGAUUGGCGAGGACACGCUCAUCCACUUCUCCGGGGUCGCCAUGGGUGAAGCAUGCACUGUUGUUCUGCGAGGAGCGACUCAGCAGAUUCUGGAUGAGGCAGAGCGCUCGCUGCACGACGCGCUGUGUGUGCUGGCUCAAACGGUGAAGGAGCCGCGCACCGUUUAUGGAGGAGGCUGCUCCGAGAUGCUGAUGGCCAAGGUGGUGACCGAUCUGGCCAAUAGGACUCCAGGGAAGGAGGCUGUCGCCAUGGAGUCGUUUGCCAAAGCUCUGAGGACGCUGCCAAUCAUCAUCGCUGAUAAUGCUGGCUAUGACAGCGCCGACCUGGUAGCUCAACUGAGAGCGGCGCAUCAGGACAAUAAGACUACUUGUGGACUCAACAUGGCUGACGGCUGUGUGGGUAACAUGGCUGAGCUGGGGGUCACAGAGUCCUUCCAGGUGAAGCGUCAGGUUCUGCUGAGCGCCGCCGAGGCCGCUGAGAUGAUCCUGAGAGUCGACAACAUCAUCAAAGCCGCGCCCAGGAAGAGAGUUCCAGACCACCAUCCCUGCUAGAGAAGACUGACGUGGAUCAGUUUCGUUAUUUAUCACCUCUGUGUAGUUCGGUUCGAUGAAACACUUUUUUUUCCUGCUCUAUAUUAAAAGUUAAGGUGAAUUACAAAA